AUGUGGAUUUACUCCAUGACGAAAAGAGCCAGUCAAGUUCAAAGCUCCGUGCUCGGUUGUUCCCAGAUAAUUCUUGAUGCACGUUUGCGGCUGAAAGAUUUAGAAGAGUUGAUUAUGUCCUCGAAUUGUUUGGCACUACAAGAUGAAGAUGCUAUGAUGCUUAUCCAGCUUGUUUUUAUGUUGAAGGGUCUACAUGGACGGGACAUUAAAACGGGCAUUCCUGCAGCGGUAUACAAGCUUGCUGAUAAUAUAGAUGAUUGGAACAAGUUUGCAUGGGGUACGUAUUUCUGGAAAUAUGCUUCACGUAUGAUGCGUGGAAUGUUUGAGAAAAUAGAAGAGUUUAGAGAAUUCAAGCAAGCCAAUCCCGAAUCGAAGAAAGGACACAAGUAUACCGUUCCUGGUUUUAUGCUUCCAUUUAAGAUAUAUAUUUUGGAGACGUUCCCAGAGGCAACCAAGUUUUAUAUACACAUGCCGACAGAAUUGCCAAGGAUGAGGGCAUGGAGAAGUAAAACACCGUUAAAUUGGGAUCAAUGUUGUUGA